AUGAGACGCAGAGUCUGGUGGUCAAUCUACGUCCGCGAACGGCAAGCGGCCGUGUCAUUAGGGCUGCCUUGUCGAAUCCGUGAUGAGGAUUGUGACAUUGAGCCCCUGACUCCAGUUGAUCUGGAGGAUGAUGCUGACGAACAGCGAGCAACGGGUUUUGGUGCACCAAAGUCGGAGCAUAUUCAUUAUGCUAUUAAGAUGGUUGACAUCGCUCGCCUUCUCGGGAGAAUUAUGGACACCCACUUUGCACCUGGUCGGGGACCACCAGCACCGACGGAAGUUUGUGAAUUGAAGCAGCAGCUUGAGGAUUGGAAGCAGGGUCUACCAGAGGAGAUGCGUAGAGGCCCUGACGAUGGGCAGUCUUCGGUCUUGACCUGCUUGAUCCACCUUGCCUACAACCUGUUUGCGGCUUUUUGCAUACAUGCGAUUGACAUCAAGUCAGCGGACGGCAUCAGUCGCCGAUUAGCCGAACAUAGAGCCCAGAUGUGUCUUCUUGGCCUCAAAGAAAUUCAAAAGUACUGGCGCAUUAACAACAAUGUGCUUGACCUCUUCCUACAAUACCUUGACGAAUCAAUAGCGAAGAGACUCAACGGCGACAGCAUCGAAUCUGCACCCUCAAACGCACUACCCAGUUCCAUCACGGGUCUUGGCUCGUUUAAUGACGCAGAAACGAGCCCUCCGGUGACUCUACUCCAAGAUGCUCUUCAGCAAGCAAGACCCGACGCAAUAGAAGAUCAAUAUUUCAGCCUCAUGCGCACAAAUUGGGAAGGCGAGGAUGCCCUGGAAGAUCUCGGCCUAUUCUUGGAUCCUCAACUGUACGCCAAUGGGCCAAUGCAGGUAGAGGGGCUGAACUUCCUUCAACGUUGCUUGUAA